UCUUGAUUCCAUAGUUGAUUUUCUGACAGUUUUCUAAGAUUGCAACGCAAUAUGUCGUAAGCAGUCAAGCUAAACAACUCGCAUGACACACAGUGUUAACUGUGUAUGCUAGUUAGUGUGGUUAUUGCAACACAUGCGUCUAUUGACCUGGCGACGUUUUCUCGAUCUGUUGUCAGUCAACGCUCGUCCUGCUCAAAUUACAAUCCCCCUCGCAUAUUCCUUGGAACAAAACAAGCCAAUGUCGUCGUACCAAAACAGACGAGGGAGGCGUUACAUGAGAGGCGGCGGAAGGAGAAACUUCGGAAGUAGUACUGGUGCCGGCGGCGACGGCGACGGGGACAAAGGAGGAGAGAUUGAUCAUGCUAGGGGCUACGGACCACCCCCUGGGUUGAAAGGGAGAGAUAUAGGGAUGUGGUAUGCCCAAAGAGGUCGGCAAAGAAAAAGACAGCAAGAACUAAUAGAGAGACCAACUGUACAAAUGGACAUGCAUAGAGUAGAACAUAUUGAAAAACUACUACAUGAUGUACAGACUGAAAAGGAUAGAAAGACAAGACCACAGAAAUCCAUGUCUAUUAUUCCACCAGCUGAAGAUGAUAUCACCUUUAGUUAUUAUGGUCGAUCCUUGGAAAAAAAUGAUAGAGUUGAUGAAGAUUUGAAAGAUGCAUUGGCUGAAAAGAAACUACGUAAUCAACGAUAUAAGAAAAUGAUGCAGUUUCGGGAAAAGUUACCAGCAUUCAAAAAGAAACAGGAUUUACUUGAUCUGAUCGAGUCCAGUCAAGUCGUGGUCAUUAGUGGUGAGACUGGAUGUGGUAAAACUACACAGGUGGCUCAGUUUAUACUAGAUGAUUAUAUUGAAAAAGGAAAAGGUUCUAUGUGUCGUGUAGUGUGUACGCAGCCUAGGAGAAUUAGUGCUGUAUCUGUAGCUGAGAGAGUUGCUGAAGAGAGAGGGGAAACAGUUGGUAGUGGUAUGAGUGUUGGAUACCAGAUCAGAUUAGAUUGUAAACUGCCACGAAAUCAGGCAUCCAUACUCUACUGUACAACAGGAAUAUUGUUAAAAUGGCUUCAAGGUGAUCCGUUAUUGAAUGGUCUGAGUCAUGUAAUCUUAGAUGAAGUUCAUGAGCAAAAUAUUAUUUGUGACUUUCUGAUAAUUAUCUUACGGGAUCUGUUACCACUCAGGCCUGACAUGAAGUUGAUUCUUAUGAGUGCAACCGUGAAUGCUGAACAGUUUUCUAGUUAUUAUGGCAAUUGUCCUAUGGAAACCAUUCCAGGAUUCACAUUCCCAGUAACUGAAUACUGGGUGGAAGAUGUACUGGAAUUCACAAAAUACCGUCCAGCACCAAAACCAGAGAGAUUUAAAAAGAAACACUGGAGGUUUAUUCGAGGUAAGAGGAAGCGAGAAGAAGAACUGAAGAUGGAGCAAGAGUAUGAGGCCAAUUUUAAUGAAUAUUUACAGUCAAUUGAAGGAAGUUAUUCACCUGAAGUAUUAGAAAAAAUACAAAACAUGGAUGAUGAGGAGAUCGACUAUGAUUUAGUUGUUGAAGUCAUCAGAUAUAUUGCAAUCAACAAGGAGGAAGGUGCUAUUUUGGUCUUUGUUCCUGGAUGGACUGAUAUAAGUAAAAUAAAUGAUAAGCUAUUGAGACAAACAAUGUUUAAAUCUGGUCCAUUUAUUAUCAUACCGCUUCAUUCUCUGAUGCCAACAGUCAACCAACGACAGAUAUUCCAGACACCACCCGCUGGUACACGUAAGAUCAUUAUAGCGACUAACAUAGCUGAGACUAGUAUUACCAUUGAGGACGUGGUUCAUGUGGUCAAUACUGGCAAAGUUAAGGAGAGUAAUUAUGACGUGAAAAACAAUAUAUGUACAUUGAAACCAGAAUGGAUCAGUAAAGCUGCUGCUAAGCAGAGAAGGGGCAGAUCUGGCAGAGUGAAGCCAGGUUUCUGUUACCAUUUAUUUACUCAACUCCGUGCUCACAUGAUGGCUGACUACCAAUUACCAGAGAUGCUCAGAACUCCAUUAGAGGAAGUCUGUUUACAGAUACGUUUAUUAAAGCUGGGCCAUAUUGAAGAGUUUCUGAGUAAAGCAAUGAAUCCACCACCAGUUCAAACUAUCAUAACUGCAAAAUAUAGUCUGAAACAACUGAAUGCCUUGGAUGAUGAAGAGAACUUGACACCCCUUGGAUACCAUCUUGCAAAGUUACCUGUGGAACCACGUAUUGGUAAAAUGAUACUGUUUGCUGCAAUGUUUUGUUGCUUAGAUCCAGUACUCACAAUUGCUGCCAGCCUUAGCUUUAAAGAUCCAUUUAUAAUUCCUCUGGGUAAAGAAAAAGAGGCAGAUGCAAAGAGGAAAUUGUUAUCGAGAAAUGACCAGAGCGAUCACAUGAUGCUGUCAUAUACAUUCCAAGGAUGGGAAGAUGCAAAACAGCAAGGUCAAAGGUCACAGCAAAAUUACUGCUGGGACUAUUUCUUGUCAAGCAAUACUCUUAAGAUGCUGGACAAUAUGAAGACUCAGUUCUGUGAAUAUUUAUGCAAUAUUGGAUUUGUAUCAAACACACAGAGUAAACAAGCAGCAGCCAAUACAAACUCAGAUAAUGUAAAACUAAUUAAAGCUGUAGUAUGUGCGGGGCUUUAUCCAAAUGUUGCUAAAAUAGAAACUCAAAUGUCAAGGAAAAAAGCAUUUUCCCGAGGACCACGCCUAAGUACUCAGCAAGAUGGACGAGUCAAUUUGCAUCCUAAAUCAGUUAAUUGUGAUCAACAACUGGACGGCAAAUGGUUGAUAUAUCAUCAGAAAAUCAGAUCAAAUGGAAUUUAUCUACAUGAUAGCAGUGUUAUAGAACCAUAUCCCUUGUUAUUCUUUGGUGGUGAUAUAACAAUGGGCAAAGACGACACACAAGAUGUUAUCAGAGUAGAUGACUGGAUUGUAUUCAAAGCAUCUCCCACGAUAGCAACUCUUGUCAAGAAACUAAGGAUUGAACUUGAUGAACUUUUAGAAUCUAAAAUCACCAGCCCUGGAAUAACUCAGUGGUGUCAUGACAACAAAGAAGGCAAAAUAAUGAAUGCUAUUGUGGAUCUGCUUACAAUGGAAGAAGAUCAUGAUAGACAAAGUACUGGGUUCCGGGGUCAAAGUUCAACUAAUUACAGGGGUCAUAGUUCACACCACAAGAAGUGGGGUGGGUACUGA